GAUGAUUCUCUCCAACUGUCUUCAAUGUCCCAUGACAAGCCAUCAUUGUGUUUCUCUUCACUUUCUUCCUCUACCAUUAACAAAGCUGACAACUUAAGCUCCUCCAUCCAACACAAUUCUCAUCAGGUUUUCACCUAAUCAUCAAUGGCCGUCUCACCUCCAUCCAUUCCCGAAAAGCCCUUUGAUUUCCGUGCUCCUCCGCCUUCUCCCAUCGCCAGUGGCUGCCGCUCCUCCGUCACCAAUGAUGAGGUUCUCUCCGAAUUUCUCGAGCGUUCUCAGCGCGUCCCUGAUUUGGUUUUGCCUGACAAGGUCUUCCCCAGGCAGAAGUUCAUUGAAAACCCACCAAAGAUUGAUUUCCGGGAUUUGGAUUCGAUGGUAUGUGAGACUCUUCCCAAGAUUCUGGACUCUGUUGCAAGAAUCGGAUGUUUUCAGCUUGUGAAUCAUGGGAUUCCGGGGGAAUCUAUCCGAUCGGGAUUUUCGGCUGCCGCCGGAAUUUUCCAACUGCCACCUGAGAAACGGAAGGCAGUGACAAGGUCGCCGGAGAAAUUAUACGGGUUCGAGGAGAUUCAUGAGGAAGACGAAGGUGAAGUGAGUGAAGAAUUCGUGUGGUGUAAAGCUAAAUCCCUGGAAUUGGAAAUGGAGGGAAUUUGGCCUGUUGGAUAUUCAAAUUUCAGUGAGAAAAUGGAAACUCUAGUGUCCUCCCUGGAGAAAGUGGCAGAGAAAAUUCUCAUUGUUUUCCGGGAAAGUUACCCUGAAAACCCGGAUUACAAAAACGAAAAGAUCAAAGGCUCUGCAUGUUACGUAUACAAACACGGUCGAAAUGUUGCAGGAGACAUAUGGUACGAUGUGAUCAAAAUGCUGGUCCGAGGGAUCGAUUAUUCGCAUGCCUUGUGUAUGCAUAUAUGUGAUGGAUCUUCCAGGUUUCAUGUGUAUUCGAAGAAAGGUUGGGUGUCGUUUCAACCAGAUGAUCACACCUUGGUCGUUACACUCGGAGAUCAAAUUCAGGCACUGAGUGGUGGAGAAUUGAAGCAUGUGAUUGGUAGGGCAAUCCAUAGAGGAGAGAAGGAAGAGACGGUAUCAAUGGCAUUGCUUUACUCGGCUUCAAGCAGUGAAAACAGGGAAGUUGAGUCAGAAAAGGGAAAGGGAAAGACUAUUUCACUUACACAACAGGCCAUUGCUGCAAUAGUUUUGGCUAUUCUAUACCAUUUUCUAGUCUUUGUCUACGAAAAAUUCUGAUCUUAAUGUUGGUUUAACAUCAUUCAUCAAUCAAACAAUGAAGAGAGAGACUAUUCCCCC